AAUGGCAAAGUAGAAGUUGAAGGGAAGUCUCCAUGGAAACCGGCCUCCCAGGAAGUGGCCAGAGAAGUUAGUGUCGGGGGACAGAACUGGAAAGAUGUCAUGAAGGAAACACCUGUUUUGGAAAAUGGGCCUGGGCCGCUCCAAGCCUCACCCUCGGGUGAUCAAAGUCACACCUUUACAAAGCCAAGAAGCAGAGAUUCCCUCAGCUGGCCCUGUGUUCUAUGCAUUAAAUCGGAACCUAGAAGAAAAGAGCUCAUACCCAUUCUCGAGACUGCAGGGUCAAAAGCAAGCUCUGGAAGGACUGCUACCACCUCUUCGAGAAACCUGGUAUGGAAGACAUCCUGCAGUAUCCAGGCCCAUGUAUCUUGACAUCCCACUGAAAAAUGAAGAAUCAAGCAUUAUCAAAAGGCAUCCACCCCGAAGAAUUCAAAAGCUCGAGCCCAUUGACCUGCCACAAGUCAUUACCUCUGAGCGACUCCUGAGCCAGCAAGAAGCCAGAACAAGACACAAAGCAAAGCAGGAACUUGAGAAGAAAAUGCAGCUUCCAAUGUACACUUCUGGGAAGAGACAGUAUUUACAUAAGAUGAAAAUGCUGGAGAUAAACCAUAAGAGACAGGAGGCCCAAAUGAAGUUGCACAGUCUUCAGAGUAAAGCGAGACUUGAUAUGCAAAAGCUGAAGGACCAUAACGGCAAUAAAAUCACCGAGAGCAUGCCCAGGAGCAAGCACUAUGACGUUGUCACCAUACUGCCUGAUGAAACCGUGAACAGACACCCAGAUGGCUCAGCUGAAAGCAAUAUUGUGGCAAAAUGUUGUGGAGGAGAAGUUGGAAAUCUAGGAAAUCCACGGGAUGAAAAGUUCGUGGAAUAUCACACAGAGAAUGACUAUUGUGUCCGGAAAAUUGGCAAAAUGGAAGCAUGGCUCCGUGAACAAGCAGCCCAAGGACCGCUUUUCUGUGACAGCUCUAGCUCUGACUCAGACGAGCCUGAGAAAGAUCCAAAGAGACCACAAGCACUAGUGAGGACCAGGACAGAGAGGGUCCCACUUUAUGAUGAGUUUUAUGACAGAGAAUGAGAAAACUACACACUACUCCAGAUAGUUAGGACACCGAAUGCCACAGACAGGAGGCCCAGAGCUCUACAAACAAUGGGAGAAAUGAGCAUUUGCUACUGACAGCCUGAGCACAUCAGUCCUAUAAUACAUCCUGAAUCUGUUCUGGCCAAGCUACAUCCUUCAUAGACAUAGCUGCUGUUGCUGCUGCUGAAAAUUGUAACAUCCAGCUGGAGGCAAAGCUGUCAGUUCCCUACAACUGAAAAAAAAAAUCGAGAUUUGGAAA